CCGCCGCCGACCAUCGAUUCACUCUCAACGAAUUUCUUUUCGAUCAUGGAUAUCUCCGACGAGCUCAGAGAAAACAGGUUCGAUUUCGAGUCAUGCUUCCUCAAAAUGGCGAACGAAGGUUUCAAGAACUACGUCUUCUGAUUAAUAAGGAAAACUCGAAAAGUAUAUCGAAUGAUGUUAAGGAUGAUGGUGAUCAUGUUUUCUGUAAGCCCUUAAAGAUAUAUGCUGUUAGAUACUUAGAUGAAAUACUUGUGAUCACAUCCGGUUCCAAGGGUUUAACGGUGAAUUUAAAGAAUAAAUCUGUACAAUUUGUGGAAAAUAAUUUAGGGUUAGAGGUGGACAGAGCGAAAACAGUCAUUCAUAGUGCUGUUUCUGAGGAAAUUACGUUUUUGGGUAUGGAUCUUCGGGCGGUAACGCCAUCAGUUUUGCAUCCUCCAAUGUCCGAGAAGGCAAUUAGGGCGAAGAAGAAGUACUUGAGACAAAAAGAAGUAAGACUUCAAGAACUGAAAAACCGGAGAGAAUCGAAUAGGAAAAAACUGGCGAUGAAAAUUUUUAGUCAUGUUUAUAAGAAGUUGAAGACAACCAAUGGCUUCAAAUUUGAAUUCCAAAUCGAGAACGAAGUUAGGGAGAUUUUUGAAACUUGGGCUGGUGAAACGGUUGACGAAUUUCUAGAGUCGAUUGAAGAGCGUGCAGCCUGGUACCGUGGGCUCUCGGGAGGAGAUUUUUUGUCUUUGAAAAGAAUUAGAGAUCAACUUCCUUCGGAUCUUGUAGACUCGUAUGACAACUUCCAAGAGCAAGUUAACAAGUAUUUGAAUCCGAUGAAAGCUAAAAACGAGUUAAAUGACAAAAAAAGGAAGGCCGAAGAAGAUGAAGAACGGAAAUAUGCAGAAAGAACUGUUAAGGAUUUAACGGAACUUUGUAUAAAAGUUGAUGCACCUGAACAGCUCGUUAGAAAAUCCGUUAGGUUGGCCGGAUUCACCAAUAACAUGGGUCGUCCUAGGCCAAUCACUUCACUCACCGCUCUAGAAGAUGCCGACAUCAUAAAAUGGUACGCGAGUGUGGGAAAAAGAUGGCUCGAUUACUUUUGUAGUUCUCGCAACUUCAAGAUUGUGAAAACCGUUGUAACUUAUCACUUAAGGUUCUCUUGCUUGUUGACUUUAGCCGAAAAACACGAAUCAACAAAGCGUGAAGCUAUCAAACAUUACACCAAGGAUUUGAGAGUUUUCGAUGUCGAUGGAGGUGAAGAGUUUCAUUUCCCUACCGAAAGGGAGAUCAAAAUGAUGGGAGAUAAGAAUCUUGCAGAUCCAAAGCCUGUGGAUGGAGCUUUAACGAUGGUCUUGAUCAGAUUGGCUUCUGAUGAGCCUUUUUAUCGUUGUAGUGCUCAUUUCUGUCAAAGAACCGAUACGGUUUUGUAUCGUAUACGGUUGUUGCAUAAAGAACUGAAGUUGAAUCCAUCGGAUGAGAAAUCAUGGGUUUCGGGGAUGGGCGUCAUUCAUGAGGUUUUUGAUCGGAAGUGUGUUCCGCUGUGUCGGGAUCAUAUAAGCCAGCUAUACAUUGGUGAACUCACACUUCAAGAUGUCGACUAUUCGAGUAUACUACAUAUUUGACACGUUCAACUAUGAAUCUGAGGUAUAGACUUGUUGAGGGAUUAUCAAACCUGUGUUUUCCAAAUCACAUGUGAUUUGCACUAAAAUCACAUCUGCUUAUGGAACAUGCUCAACGCAAAGGGUGAGCAGGUGACUUGGCUCGUAACCUCACGUCGCUGCCAAAGUCGCAUGAAUCACAUGUGAAUUGGCCGUUUUCGGUGUUCUCUUAUUUGAUAUUUUUUUGGUUUGAAGUGUAUUUAUUCCAUUUUGUUAGAUUCAUUGCAGAAUUGCAUGUGUAUUUGAUUCAACAUUUCU